AUGGCGCCCGCUCCCCAGCCGCUGCCUACGCGGUUUCCGUGCUGGUGCAAGGCCGUGUACUCGUGGGGAGGAGAGACUAAACGCGACCUCGGAUUCAUCGAAGGCGACCUGAUAGAAUGCCUAAAUGCCGGCGACGGGUCCUGGUGGAUGGGCCGGCUGAGGCGGGAUAGACGCAUGGUCGGCUUGUUCCCCUCCAACUUUGUCCAACUUCUUGAAGACGACUUCCAGCCAUGGAGCCGCAACGCCAGCCCGCAGACACUCAAUGGGGCAGCCGGAGGAGGCAUAUCACGCCAAAACAGUGCGCAGCCGCCCAAGCAGGCGCCACAGAAAGCAAAGAGCAUGUUCCGGAAGCCUUUCACAGCCUACGCUGCCGCCAGCUCCCCAAAUCCUGCUGCUGCUGCCCGCCAAAUACAGCAGAAAGCCGGGGGGCUGUCGCCAAAUCUAAAUGGCAGUGUCUCCAAGCAUCGUCCGUACUCAUCGAUGAAGAGGUCAUCCACGGAGAGCAGAGAUAGCGCCGACCCUUCCCCGCUUCCUGCCUCUGCCGCCUUCUCCAACCUACGCGCUGUCUCUCCCCGGCCCACGCCAACACGCCCCGAACACUCACGGGCAGUGUCGCCCGCACCUCCUGCCCAGUACCAAUCCCCUUCUCGUGUCCCGUCUCCACUGCCACCGGCGCAAUUCCAGUCGCACUCGCGAGCACCCUCACCCGCUCCAUCAUUCCAAUACCGCCCCUAUUCGCGAGCAACCUCUCCUGCCCCCUUUGGACACAGCGAUUCCCCUCCACCGCCUCCACCGCCACAUCGAGUUGCCUACAACCCCAGUCGGGCGCCUUCUCCUGCACCAUUCCACGAGCCCAGCUACAUAAAUGGCUAUCACACACCCGAACCACCUUCUCCCGCCCCUCACACAGGUAGCAGAGGAAAUUUCACGCCAUCGCCCUUGACUAAUGCAAUGAACGAUGUCAUGUCUUCGCUGCAGGAUAUGACCAUGUCCAGGAGCGAGCAUUCGCCAGCUGAACCGGCAACGCCGCCAAAUGUUUGGUCGCCCGAAGCAUUUGAUCAGGUAUACCAAGCGUCCGCGAAGAAGGUUCGGGCGCAGACGUCACUGGAGCCUGGUUGCCAGGGCGGCUUUCCUGAUGAGGAGGAUUUCCACGAUGUACAACAGCACGACGAUGACGGGCCUCCGCAGGUACACAAUUAUGUGCAGCGGAUGGAGAGCCGCCUUCGCAGAAUGCAACAACAGGAAAAUGCUCGGCACAAUGAUGAGCUUUUUAUACCGAGAGAUGCGACUGGACCACCUCCGGCCGUGCCGCCCAAGAAUCAUAUGUAUCAAGCAAGACCAGACUCAUCUAUGGACCACGUACAGCCGGAUGUUGGCCGAAAGGACUCUAACUCUCGAACCCUUCGACACCGAAAGUCCGCGUAUGAAAUUGGUCGCGAAGUGUUGGGGAGAACUUUUACGACCAAGACAAACUCGACAACUAUGACGCACACCAGCAGUUCAACAAAUCGUAGCUUAAUGUCUGGGCAAUCGGCGACAAACAUGAGUGCAACAAGCGCUGGUAGCUAUUACAGGAAGAAGCUUGGGAAGCCCCGACCGGUCAGCGUCAUGGACACGCGAGACAUGGCAUCGAAAGGUUAUGGCUUCGACGAUGGCCGACCCGAAACUCCCUUCACUGGUGUCACUUACCACUCAAGCCAUGACUCUCGCUCGCGGCCAGGAUCAAGCCACCAGGGCGAUACCGCUGGCAAUGUUGCUGAUGGGCAAGACCCGCUUGGUGGAUUGAUGGCGCCAAAACCGAAGAGGAGUGGCUUCUUCCGGAAAAUGAUCGAUACCGCGAAGACUCAAGCUGCGAAUGCACGGAGUACCAUUGCUUCCGGCUCAGCUAGUCGGCCCUCGUCGAGAGCAGCAUCGAGAGCGGCGUCGAGAGCAGCGAGCCGAAUGGAUUCCAAUGGCCCGAUGGGUGGUAUGGCAGGAGGAUCAGCCGUCCAGUCUAGCGCUGCGCGUGACAUGGGACUUGGCGGGUCAGUUGACUGGGUCCAAGUGCGGCGGGAUGUAAACAGGUCGAACUCGUUAAGCAAGAACGAGAGGAUGGAACGGGCAGAUCGAUGCCAGUUAAUGGACAUAACAGUCCUCAAUCCUAUUGAUAUUCUCUACGAAUCCGCCGAGGGCGAUGAAGGACUCGACGGACUCUCAAUCGCAGAGCCUACCGACUUCACAGCUUCGAACCUUGCGCUUGUUGACAAGAGCGCCCGCUUCGUCAAUAACCUCCCGCUUGGAACCACGCCUGCUACCUUGGCACAGGGAUAUGUUUGUCGACCAUAUAGGAGCGACGUGCAGCGGCUUAGGGCAAUUUUCACUUGGGUCAGCGAGCGUAUAUCAUGGGAAGAAGAUUUUGAGGGCGACAUCGAUACACGGCAUGUCAUUCAGACAAAACGUGGAUGCUCAGAAGAGAUUGCCAUUCUAGUGGCUGAGAUGUGCGCAUCAGUCGGGCUUCACGCUGAAGUUGUGAGAGGCUAUCUUAAAACUCCUGGGGAACCUCUGGACCUGGACAGCGCCGCCCGGCCAAAUCACUUUUGGAAUGCUGUGAUUGUGGAGGGUGAGUGGCGUAUCAUGGACUGCUCGUUGGCUGGACCAACAAAUCCAAAGCGGGCGGAAUACUCUGACGCUAGCUCUCAAGCCGCAGACGGAUGGUAUUUCCUAGCCCGACCCAUGGAGAUCUGCUAUACUCAUGUGCCUCUCCUUCCAGAGCAGCAACACAUCUGCCCACCUCAGCCGCAUGAUGUCUUGAUGGCCCUACCUUGCGCUUGCCCAACGUAUUUCAAGCACAGAUUGUAUAUGCCGGACUUCGACACCAGUCUGCUGAAUUUAGACAACCUGGAGCUAGCUCAUAUUUACAUCAACGUUCCAGAGGAUGUCGAGUGCGUUGCAGAAGUCGAAGCAAGGGCAUUUUCCCAGGACGCUGACGGGGACUAUUUCGAAAGUGGAGAUGUGGUCCGGAAACCCGCAUUGGCGCAAGCGGAAUGGAUUGGAGGGCAGAAGCGGUACACAGUAAAAGGACUUCUGCCCGGUGACGAGGCCCACGGUGUGCUGAAGGUAUAUGCCGGCCCACGUGGACUCAGGCAUUCCAAUAAGCUAAAUCCGCACUCUUUGGCUGUUGCUCUACCCAUUAGUCAUUCCGGAUCCAAUCCUCCUUACUCGUUCUUGACCCUACAUCCGACACCCCACGCCCAGCGCCACGAUCUCUAUGUUGGGCAGCCCCAGUGCGCCAACCUGGCUCUUAACAACACGUUCGUCUUUACCGUUCGCCAACACCCAUCUUCAGUAAAUCGCACGCCUGACCCGAAUAAUGCGAUAAACGGCCGCGUCUCUCCAAACCCGUUCGCUCGCCCCGCUUCAGCCAUGAGUAUGCAAAGCAUUUCGAUGUCUGGAUCGUCAUAUUCAAACCCUUCGCAAGCGUCUUCCAAUUCGUCGAGUGGUACGCACAAACCAGCGAAGCUCGCUGUUCAGACUCCAUCAGGAAAGAUCAUUCGACUGUUGCGGAAGAACGAGCACAUGGGUGGCACGGCUGAUGGAGCUGAUGGCAGCGUGUGGGAGACGGUGAUCAAGAUUGGAGAGAAGGGCACAUGGAGAGGCCUCGUGUUGGCAGACCGGAGCGCGAGAUGGUGCGUCUUUGCACAAUGGGAAUGCGCCUAAUAUUCAAGGACAUAGUCUAGUAUGGGAUGUAAGAGAAGAGGAGCUGGUCUGCUGCUGGGAAAAGCUAUGUUUGUGUUCUUGAUUCCUUUGGGAGGGCAUAUGUUACGGUUCGACAUGCUACGACUUGUAAUGCUGCGGCGUUGGCGCGCUUCUUCUGCCACGAAUCUGUAAGGUUUACAUUGCUGGUGACGCGACGAGGUAUGCAUUAGUGGCGUUGGCGUUGGGUGUUUUGGGACAGUUCUUGGGUAGGAAGCAUAGUCAUAGC